AUGGUUGCGAGGAAGCUAGACUCCGUCCUCAAAGAGGAAAGAGAUAUGCGCCGCCUCGAUGCCAAGAAGCGGGCAGCCCUUCGAGACUUCUAUGAGGCCCUCCCCAUCGGCAACGGUCGCUUGGGAGCCAUGAUUCAUGGCUACACUGACAAGGAGCUCAUUCGUCUCAAUGAAGAAUCCAUCUGGAGUGGAGGGCCGAUGGAUAAGAUACCAGCAACAGCACUCGCCGCACUGGAGCCUCUUCGAGAGCAGAUUCUUGAUGGACGCCUAACAGAAGCUGACCAGAACUGGGUUGCCAACUUCACCCCCGAGUACGAUGACAUGCGACGAUACCAGCCGGCAGGGGAACUAAGACUUGACUUCAAUCAUACUCUGAACGAGACAUCAGGUUACAGACAUUCACUGGACAUUUCGAACGGACUCUCGUCUCUGAGCUACGUCUUCGGCGGAGUGGAGUAUACCAGGGAGGCGUUUGGAAAUGGCCCAAAGGAUGUUUUGGCUUUUAGGAUUUCUUGCAACAACUCCAGGUCUCUUAGCCUCGACGUCUCUUUGUCAAGAGAUAGAAACGUUACUGAAUUGACGGCGGAUGCUGCCGCAAGAAUCCUCAAACUACAUGGGACUGGGGAGGAAGACGACACCUACCGCUUUGCGUCUCAAGCUCAGAUAUUGCUUCCCGACGGAGUUGGCGAUAUCAUCAGCAAUGGGACGGCCUUGCACAUCAGAAAUGCAACGGAAGUUUUCAUCAUUUACACAGCCGAAACGGCCUUCAGACAUCCAGAUUUAACGAUGGAACAAUUGGAGACUAUAGUCAACGACCGACUGGAAACAUCCCAGGAGGCUGGCUACAAAGCAAUCCAACACGAAGCCAUGGAGGACUACAAGCUAUAUUACGACCGUACCUCAAUCGACUUCGGCACAUCACAAGACAUUGGCACCAAAGACACAGUUGCCCGCCUUAAGAACUGGAAGCGAGGAAGUAACAUUACGGCUGACCCCGAACUUAUGGCGCUUCAAUUCAAUAUUGGAAAAUACCUCCUGAUUCAAUCAUCCCGCCCUGGAUCUCUCCCGGCCAACCUCCAAGGCAUCUGGAACAGGGACUUUGGACCGCCCUGGGACAGCAAGUUCACCAUCAACGUCAACCUGGAGAUGAACUACUGGCCUGCGCAGCCCCUGAACUUGCCAGAGAUUGCGGGGCCGGUGGUUGACUUUCUCGAUCGGCUAGCUGUGACUGGCAGUGAAGUCGCAAAAGGCAUGUAUGGAGCCGACGGGUGGUGCUGUCAUCACAACACUGACAUCACGGGCGACUGCACGCCGUUCCAUGCUAUCACAAUCGCAGCACCUUACCCGCUUGGGGGUGCCUGGCUCGCAUUUGAAGCUAUUGAAUACUUCAGAUUUACUGGAGACACGACAUACGCGCGUGACCGCAUCUUGCCGAUCUUGAAGGGCGCAAUGGACUUCAUCUAUAGCUGGGCUACGGAGCGAGACGACUGGCGGAUCACGAAUCCCAGCUGCUCCCCUGAGAACUCUUACUACAUACCAGAGAAUAUGACCGUGGCUGGAGAGACUACGGGGAUUGAUGCAGGGGCUAUGAACGAUCGAGCAAUCAUGUGGGAAAUCAUGUCCGGCUUUCUUGAGAUAUCUGAAGCUCUUAGCUCUGAUGAAGGAGCUGAUCGCGCCAGAUCCUUUCGAGACAAGAUCCAACCUCCUGUUGCGGGCUCGUUCGGCCAACUGCUCGAGUACUCCCGGGAGUACCGGGAGAACCAACCGGGCCAUCGUCACUUCUCACCCCUUGUCUGCGCCCACCCGGGAACCUGGGUCACGCCACUCACGACACCAGAAUAUGCAGACAUGGCGUACAAGCUGCUGCGUCAUCGGAUGGACAACGGCGGAGGAGGAAACAGCUGGGCGGUGACUUGGGCAAGCUUGCUUCACGCACGUCUUUUCGAUGCGACGAAUGCGUUGAAAAACGCCAUGGAACUCCUAUCCCGAUGGGUCCACAACAACUUGUUUAGCCGGAACGGCAGCUACUUUCAGAUCGAUGGCAAUUCUGGCUUCACGGCAGCCAUCGUCGAGAUGUUUCUACAGAGCCAUGCUGGCGUCGUCCACCUCGGACCGGCCAUCCCCCCUGCGGGUCAAGGCUUAUCUAGCGGUAGCUUCAGAGGGUGGAUUGCUCGUGGUGGCUUCGAGGUCGACAUGACCUGGUCAAACGGGGUCGUGGUUCAAGCCGAGAUUAUCUCUUUGUUGGGCAAUCCAUUGAAAGUUCGCAUAGGUGAAGGGUCAACAUUCAUAGCUGAUGGGGUGAUUGCGGGGGUUGAUCCAAUUAACACAGACAGGGGCCAGAAGAUCAGCAUUUCGCUCUUCUAG